UGCAUAUACAGAAAUGGAGUGCAGGGUAUUCGAAAUAACCCUCAUAUCAGCAAACAACCUGGAAAAAAUCCGGCGGAUCUGCAAGAUGAAAGUGUACGCCACCGUUUCCAUCGGCGGCGGUCCGCCGGAGAACGAGAAGCGGACUCCGACGGACCGCAACGGGGAGUCGAACCCGGCGUGGAAUUUCACGGUGAAGUACUCGAUAAACGAGUCGAUGGUGCAGCACCUGAACACGAUGCUGGUGGUGAAGCUGUUCUGCCGGCGGCUGCUCCGCUGCGACACGUACAUCGGAGAAGUGCACACGUCCCUGAAAGAGCUUUUCGACUACGCGGAAUCGAGCGGCGGAAGCGCGAUCCUCAGCCUCCCGGUGCAGAAGGGGUCUGUGAACUCGCAGGGAGGGAUGAGGUUUUCUUACAGGUUUGGAGAGAAAGUCACCAUUGAUAAAUUGCUGCUGGCUGAAAGUGCUGUUGGAGGCUGGCCUGUUAAUCAAUGCUGAUUAUUUUUUUUUUACAAUUUUUAUGAAUUUAUUUUUCUACUUAAUUUCAAGUGUGUGUGAAUUUUAAUCUUUAUAAUAUAAAUUUAAUUAUUAGAUUUAUUUUAUUAAGAUAACUAUCAUUUUCUCCCCUAAGAUGCACUGAAUAUCAUUUCAAAUGAAAAUGAUGAGUAGUUUAAUAUAUGAUAAUACCAAU